AUGGAUGGUGUUCCUCUCGAAUGGGUGCGGGCCGCCCUUCGAGAUUCUCCCUCUGCCAUGUCUCUGCUUCCUUGGAUCGAUGACGACAAUAUAUGGGCGAUAGACGGUGGUGCAGGCCUACAGGAUCCAGGAAAGGACCCACGGUUUCGAAAGCUCGUAGAGGCGGUACGAUACCAACGGAGACUUCUCUUGUCCUACAAUGCUGUUCUCGUUGGAUUACUUCUAUUGUUCGCCAUAUGGCAUUGGGGAGAAAGGAUUGCCAUGUCCCAGAGGAGAAGAGCAAUGGCGAUAAGCGCAGCCAAAGAAGAUUUUGAGCCGAAAGGGACAGAGCAAGGAGAGCCAGAAGUCGUGGAUGGGUCUUCGUCAUCAUCCAGUAGCACACUCGAAGGGACGUCGACGCCACCAGACGCCGGGAAAACGGUGAUAAACGACGAACGUGAACCACUGUUGCCAGGACAGAGAAAGACAUCCAGGAGGUCGGAAAAGAGACCGACACUGUUCCAACACUAUGUGCAAGCAUGGCUGAUGUACCAACCAAGGCCGAUUCCGAAGAUUAACAAGACGCUUCCGCCUAAUGGAGUGUCCCUGGUAGUCCUCGCGUUCCUGGGACUGAACGUCUUUUACGCUUUUUUCCGGAUGCCAAUGUCUCUACAGUAUCUGUUCGUGUUCGCCGACCGCUGUGGCCUUAUCUUCGUUUCUAAUCUACCCCUUUUGUAUCUUUUCGCGGCAAAGAACCAGCCAAUCAAAUGGUUGACUGGCUACUCGUAUGAAGCUCUUAAUAUUUUUCACCGUCGGGUUGGUGAGCUGAUGUGCUUUGCGGCGCUUUUGCAUUUUGGUGGUAUGCUAGGGGUAUGGUACGGAAUGCUUAGACACAUUGGAUUUUCUCUCGCGCGAUUUCUGUUCAGUAGACUCUCUCUCCUUGGGCUGUUAGCUUUCGUCGCAUACCAACUGAUCUACCUUACGUCUCUGGGAAGCUUUCGGCAACGCUUUUAUGAACUUUUCCUGGCUCUCCAUGUGGUCCUUCAGAGCGCCGCGUUAAUUUUACUCUUCUUCCAUUAUCCGACAAGUCAGCCAUACGUCCUAGCAGCGAGCUUCAUAUUCCUCAUCGACCGUCUAGUCUUCCGCCUUGGACUCAAAACGCACACUACUCGCGCCACGCUCUCCAUUCUUGAAGACGGGGAAACCGUAUCUGUCUCCGCGAACUGGGACAUACCACCAAGCUCUCACUUUCUUCAUCCAACCCAACAAACCAUCGAAUUCGGCUGGGGACCUACCGACCAUGUCUUCCUUUCCAUUCCGUCUUUGUCCCGAACCGAUUUUAUCCAAACACAUCCGUUCACGAUUUUCUCGGCCGCUCCAUCUCCUUCGGCAUCGUCAGACACCCCAACUCACGCCUGGCUUCACCUUCUUAUUCGUGCUCAAUCCGGCUUCUCCCUCACCCUUCUCAAAUACGCCCGUACCAAUCCGAUCACCACCAUCCGUCUCGACGGGCCGUAUGGCUCCUCACACGCUCUUGAAACGCUCCGCUCAACUCCGAAUACAGUCGUAGUGGCUGGCGGCUCUGGCAUUGCCGUCGCAUUCCCACUCCUUUGGACUCUCCUGGCUCCUGCGUCUUCCUCGUCGGAUCCCGAGUCUACAGCUCUUGUGGCUAAGCGACGUCGGGUGCAUCUCCUCUGGGUCGUCCAUGCGCGCGAGCAUCUCUCAUGGCUGCCAGUAGAGCGGCUGAAGGAACUGAAGAGUUGGGGGUUGCAUGUUGUGAUUACGGCACCGACUAUGGAGGCAGGAAGGCCGGAUGUCAAGGGAUACCUGAGGCAGUGGGUUGCAAAGACUGACAACGGCUCCGGGUCGGGAGUAGUUGUUUCUGGUCCGGAUGGCAUGAUUCGAGAUGUGAGGAAUGUGUGUGCGGGGUUGGUAGGGGAAGGGAGAGACGUCAAGGUCGUGGUGGAGAAGUUUGGGUGGUAG